GCAGCUCAAGGGAGGAACUGUACCAGCAGUGUCUCACGCCUCCGCCUUUCUCUGCCCUGGACUGAUGGUUCCAUAAUGGCAGUGGAUGAGGCCCUGGUGCACAUCAAGGUCAAUCUUCUAUUGCUUUGGUUUGGGGUGUCUCUGUCCAAUUCUGGCCACUCUCAGGCCAAGCCCUCUCAGGGCUUCUCCAGAGAAGUCGUGAUCCCCUUGAAGGUGACCAGCAGGGACCAAGAUGCUAAGGCUCCGGGCUGGCUCUCCUACAGCCUGCGGUUCGGGGGCCAGAGACACAUUGUCCGCAUGAGGGUCAAGAAGUUCCUGGUUUCCAGACACCUACCAGUGUUCACCUACACGGACCAGCAUGUCCUCCAGGAGGAUCAGCCUUUUGUUCCUGAUGACUGCUACUACCAUGGUUAUGUGCAGGGGGUCCCAGGGUCCCUGGUUGCCCUCAGUACCUGUUCUGGAGGUUUUCGAGGAAUGCUACAGAUAAAUGACCUUGCUUAUGAAAUCGAGCCCAUCAGGCACUCUACCACAUUUGAACACCUGGUGUAUAAGAUAGACAGUGAUGGUACACAGUUCCCACCUAUGAGAUGUGGCUUGACAGAAGAGAAAAUAGCACGCCAAUUGGAGUUGCAAGAGUUGCCUAAGUCCACUCUGAUGCAAAGUUCUUAUAUGAACUGGUGGACUCACUUGCGAUUUCUUGAGCUGGCAAUAGUUGUGGACCACUUUCGAUACAUUUACUCUGGAAGUAAUGUGUCAGCAGUGCAGCGUGAACUACUUAAUGUUGUCAGUAUGAUAAAUCUCUUAUACCGCCCUUUCAAGCUUAAUGUAAUUUUGACCGGAGUUGAGGUCUGGAAUCAAAGAAACCUAGUUCCCACUGAUGACAUGGAUCAGCUUCUGGAUGACUUUGGUCUCUGGAAGUUUGUCAAUCUUGAUGGCCGACUGCAACAUGAUGUGGGCCAUCUUUUCAUAAAAAAAUUCUUUGGGAUUAAGCUUGGUAUUGCCUACACUUCAGGAGUAUGCCGGAAGCCUUUUAAUACUGGAGUUGAUGUUUUCCUAGACCACAAUGUGAACUCUUUUGCACUUACUGUGAUCCAUGAGCUUGGUCAUAAUAUGGGUAUGCAGCAUGACACUGCAUGGUGUGUGUGUGGUUUCAAGUGGUGCGUAAUGGCAGCCAUGAAACGGCUAACAAUUAAAUUCAGCAACUGCAGUUAUGCCCAGUAUUGGGACACUACGAUUCGUACCGGUUCAUGUAUUUACACUCCUCCAUCUCCAGGGAAUAUUUUUAGGUUACAGUAUUGUGGGAACCUAGUUGUUGAAGGAGGAGAGGAGUGUGACUGUGGAUCUGUAAAGCAGUGUGAACAGGAUCCCUGUUGUCUGUUGAACUGCACUCUGAGCCCUGGUUCUGCUUGUGCUUUUGGGCUGUGUUGCAAAGACUGCAAGCUCAUGCCAUCAGGGACUUUGUGCAGACAACAGAUCAGUGAAUGUGACCUUCCAGAGUGGUGCAAUGGGACAUCCCACCAGUGCCCAGAAGAUGGAUAUGUGCAGGAUGGGAUUCCCUGUGGUGACAAUGCCUACUGCUAUGAAAAGAGUUGUAAUAGCCACGACAAGCAGUGCAGGGAGAUUUUUGGAGAAGAUGCAAGGAGUGCAUCUCAGGAGUGCUACAAAGAAAUCAACUCCCAGGGAAGCCGUUUUGGCCACUGUGGUCUAAAUAGUACGACAUACCUAAAAUGUAAUACCUCAGAUAUCUUCUGUGGGAGAGUUCAGUGUGAAAACGUAUCAGUUAUUCCUAAGCUAACAGAACAUACUACAGUACAUCAGCUUCAGUUAAAUUUCACCAGUUGCUGGGGCACUGAUUAUCAUUUAGGGAUAACCAUACCUGAUAUUGGUCUAGUGAAAGAUGGCACAGUGUGUGGUCCAGGAAAGAUAUGCGUCCACCAGAAGUGUGUCGAUAUGACUCUUGUAUCACAAGACUGUCAGAAUGAGAACUGCCACAUGAGGGGAGUCUGCAAUAAUAAACAGCAUUGCCACUGCAGCCAAGGGUGGGCACCUCCCAACUGCACGCUAAAAGGCGAUGGGGGUAGUAUUGAUAGCGGCCCACCUCCUUCUACGAAAGGACCACAGGCAAAGUUGUCUUACCUUUUUUUAUUGUGGCUUAUUCCUUUAUUUUUAUGUUGCUUCCUUCUGCUUUGUAUGAAAAAGAAAAGA